GCCAGCGCGCUGUGGCAGAAGGGCCGCGCGCGGGCCAUGUCCUCGAGGCCCCUGUGGGCGCGGAGCGACCACAGCCUGACCGAGCCGGACGAGGCCGACCUGCUCGCGGUGGCGGAGUCCGAGGAGGACGGCAGCACGCAGCGGACGGGCACCGGCGCCGCCGCUCCUAGCUGCGCCGGGGUCUCGGAGGAGACGGUGGCGUUGCUGAGGCAGGUGAACCAGCUGGAGCGGCGGAGCGCCGAGCAGGACUCGGCGCUGGCGGAGCUGGCGUCCGCGGUCCGCAGGCUGCGCGAGAGGUCCGCGGAGGCGGAGGAGAAGGAGGCGGAGUGCCGGGCGACCUGCGAGCCGUGCAGCAGGUGA